CUGCGCACGAGAAACGGGGGAAGGUCGCCCUGACCGAACAAUUGUCGAGGGCGGGCGGGAGGAACCAACCAAGCGGGAGCUUUCAAAGGCACCUCACGGUCUAAAGGAACAGAGACGCGAAGUGCCUUUCUCGGUUCCCCCAAAGAGGAAAAGUAUGUCUGCCUAGUGCUCUUUUGUACUCGAAAGAGUUUCCGAGGGGGGAAAUAAUCAUUAUCAUCACCCUCCCCCUUGUCCUCACAGGGAUGGUUCGUUCCAAGAGCGGGGCGGGGCUUGAAAGGGCACCUUGCGCAGGCGCAGAGAAACCUUAGGUGGUCGCAACCGCUCGGAGGUUGAGGGGGAAGCUUCUUGUUUCUGGUUUUCUCCCUCUUUCCCCGUGAGAUGGGAGGGCGCUUAAGAAUGCCCACGUUUUAUAAUAACAAUAAGGUAUGUUUGUAUAGUAAAUUUGUAUUUAUUGCCCGCCCUUCUCCUUAAGCCCCAGGGCGGAUCACGGCACCAAAAGCAGAAUAAAACAGUCCUUUUUGCAAUAGCAUUUACGUGUCUGCUUCUGCUACCAGGACCAAGAGAAAGCUUGACAGAUGACAAGCGAAAAGGCAGAAUCGAACUCGACCAAGAAGGUACUUGGGGGCCGGAUUUUCUCCCUUGCUGGGGACCUAGUUGAACUAAAGGCACGUGGAAUAGCAACACACCCGUGUCUUUUCCCCGUCGUUCCCCCACUCCUUUUCUUACGUCUCAAACAUUAAGUGGCCCUUUAAUAAGUCCAGUAAAAGGUUCUGCUUUUCAGAAAGAAAACAGAUUUGUGGCUGUGGGUGGAGUUGGCUGGGCUUGUUCCACUUGAGGCUGCGGUUAAGGAUUUGUGUGGUUUAAAUGUUCUUCCACUGGAGCAGAAAAAAAUUAAAAGUAGAUAACAACAUUAGCUAAUAGUAGCUAAUAACAUUGAGGGAUUGAAGGGUUCUAGACUAGGCUUUCCUGAUAGGCUAGUUUUCUACAUGCAGUGAACAUUUAUACUGCCUUUAUCUAGGAUCGGAGAAACCGUAACCCUCCUCCAAGUGUUGUUGGACACCAUCUUGGCCACGCCGCUGGCUGGCCUCAAGCAUCUGGAGAGCCACAGGUUCCCCAUCUUUGCCAUACAUUGGUAAUGAAAGUGCAUCCUGGAAGGAGGGGUGUUUUCAGCUAACCCCUAGGAUGGACUGGGAACAACAUCAUGGGAGGGGUUUUUCUAGGACCAAGGUGAAACUGUAAAGCUGGCUUGUUAUUCUUGCUGUUGCAUACUAGGUGUUGUUUACAUAGUCUUCUUACAUUUAUAAUGUACUGUGGUUUUUGUGUUUUAAAUUUGCUAUUGUGUUGGUUUGAUAUGUUAUUAUGAAAUUGACUUUUCACUGUUUGAUUUUGAAAUUCGUUCCUGUUUUCUUUGUUGUAAGAGAGCCAGAGUGGUGUAGUGGUUAAGAGCGGUGGACUCGUAAUCUGGUGAACCGGGUUCGCAUCUCCGCUCCUCCACAUGCAGCUGCUGGGUGACCUUGGGCCAGUCACACUUCUCUGAAGUCUCUCAGCCCCACUCACCUCACAGAGUGUUUGUUGUGGGGGAGGAAGGGAAAGGAGAAUGUCAGCCGCUUUGAGACUCCUUCAGGUAGUGAUAAAGUGGGAUAUCAAAUCCAAACUCUUCUUCUUCUUCUAAGCCGCUUUUGAGCAUGAUUUUUUGUGUAUGGAAAAGUGGCAUACAAAUAAAAUGAAUGAAUGAAAGUGCAUAGGUGUGCUGUAUGUGUGUUUCUGUAUCGAGGGCUUCUUAGAGCUUGGGUAUAUUUCUCAAAUGUGGCCAUGAAACGUUUAGAGUGAUAGCCCAAAUGUCAGUGGCCUCUAGCAGUAGUUAGUGCUUAAAGGAGUGACCCGUGAGCACCUGGUUUACAUCAUACAGUCAAAAAAACUGGGCCUCUUCUACAUGUGCGUGCAUCGCUUGAUUCCUAUAAACACAGGGCUGGUUCAUAACUUCAGGUUAAAAUAAAGUGAUCUGUGAAUUAAUGUGAUAGUGACUUACAGCUUCCUUUGUAGUUUACGUGUAACCUUCAGCGAGUAUUUAAUUGAUACUGUUUUAGGAGCAAUAAAUAUAGUUUUUGCAAUGACCAUGCUGGCUGAAACAGUAACUAAAACAAAUAAAUGAAAACAGUAAUAGAGAUGCCUGCGUGAAUGAGCUACCACAGAGCUGGCACUGCCAGUAGAAUUGUUCGUUAGCCUGAUGUCAUCUCAGGGACCCAAGUGCUUUUUGGUUUAAUUAAAUCAAAUAUUCAGUGGCCAGUCACAGUAGAGAAAUUAAGUAAUGUAUGUCUUACAUGUAAACAUCGAUACAGAUGCACAUGAAGCCUGGCAGCUAUGUGUGAAUUGACUCAUUUGAAAUGCAUUUCUGGUGUCACCUGGGCAAAUGAAAUUUUGUCUGUAAAUGUCCAUUCACACAUGGCUAUUAUCAUUUGAACUGGCAUAAAGUGAUAAAUAGUCAAGGGAAACUUGGGCCUUUUCAGACAGCUUCUGGAUAUGUAGCUUGUUAACAGUGGGAUGUGCAGGUACAAAUUAUUAUUUAUUUAUUUCUACCCCGCCCAUCUGGCUGUGUUUCACCUUUGUUUUUGUGACAGUAGAAAAGUUAUAUAAAGUCAAGUUAUAUAAAGUCAGUAAAUUUUUAUUUCGUAACACCUUUGGGACUCUUCUGUCAAUUAUUAUGGAAAUAUCCUCUCCCCCACUGUUAAACAGAUUGCUGUUGAAAUUAUUAUAAAUACUGGCACAGGGCUUGCAUUGGGAUGAACUCAGAUCUCAUGAUAUUCCAUGUCCUAAAAAGAGAAAAGUUCGUGUUUUCUUUUGAACCCUUGAUCUUAUCACUUUUAGCAAGUAAAGAUAAAAUUAUACUUUGAACUAGCAACCUGGUGUUGCCAAUUUAAAAAGUUCAUCGAAAUAAAAAUAAUUUUAGUACUGUAUUCAGAAAUGUAUGCCUAUGUUUCCUUAAAAACAUGAACUGUUUAACUUAAUUUUAGUUCCAAGAUGGCUUUGAUCAAGAGGCUUUCCCCUUUAUCUUCUGAGUGAUCAAAUUUGUUUGACUGCUAAAGAGAAAUUAAGGGUAAGGAUUUAUUUAUUUCUCUUGUGUCCUUGUCUUUCAUGUUCAUUUAAUGUUUCAUUUAGAAAAGCUGUGAAUAUUCAAAAGUACUGAAGUGCUAGUAAACCUGGGAAGGGGAGUCCUGUGGCCCUACGGAUGUUGCUGAACUAUAACUCCCCUCAUCCCUGGUCACUGGCCAUGCUGGCUGGGGCUGAUGCAAAUGGUGGUUCAGCAACAGCUGGAGAGCCACAGGUUCCCCAUCCCUUUUGUACAUGCACUAUGAUUGAAUUUUGGAAAGUGACUGCCUAACCUCUGCAUGAAAUGUUCCAUAUUUACUGGGCUGGCCAUUUUCUUGUGAACUGCUUUGCAUUCCCUGACAAGAGGUACCUUUGCAUAGUUGAGAUGGAAGUGAAAGUAAUAGGCUGGACUGGCCAAAUGCAGGCAGGGGAGCAUGUAUGCUUUCACCCGAGAGAAAGCCCUCUGAAUGACCCUUUGCUCCCAGGAACACCAGUGAGUAAAAGCACAAGGCCAGUUAGGUAUUUCCUUUGUACUAUCAGUACCAAGGAAACAAUUCCCUUUCUCUUAUCCAUGCCUGUUACCAUGAUUAUUCCCACAGGAAUGUGUAAGGAAUAUGUCUAUAUGGACGGGCUAUGAGUGAAAAUGUGAAGGGAAAUCAGCAGGAGAAGCAGAAACUAGGGCAAAGUUGGGGGCAGGAAAGUAGUAGUAGGUGAGGAGCAAGUAAAGGGUCAAAUGAUGCAGCGGAAAGAAGGAAGAGGGCAAAGAGAAAGGAAGGUGGACAGAGCCAACGCACAGGAGGGAAUCUGAGACUGGCUCACCUUCAUGGCCACAUCCCCACCCCUUGGUGGGCGUUGAACUAUUCCACCCCUUCCCUUGAGAGUUGUAUUGGUACUGUGUCAAUUUAAAUGCAUCUGUUGAGAAUGAAUUUUACAGUCAGGUAUUAAAACAACCUAAAUGUUUUGUUUCCUCUAAUUUUAAAGGUCUGUCCAUGAAUAAUUUAAAUGACCCUCCUAACUGGAACAUCCAGCCUAAUGCAAGGGAUGAUGAAGGCCAUGGAAGCAAAUGGAAUUAUGCUUUGUUGGUUCCCAUGUUGGGGCUGGCUGCCUUCCGUAAGUGACACUUGAAAUAAUAUUAGACUUUCUCCUUUUUGCAGUUUGUUGGGUGAGUUAUCUUGACAGGAAUUGGUACAAACUGGACUGGGUGAUUUAAUGGAGCAAGUUCUUAGAAACCUUACAUUUUUACGCUGUGAACCGUCCUGAGAUCUAUGGUUGAAAGACAGUAUACAAAGUGAAUAAAUUGUAAAAAUAAUGUUUUUUAAAAAACUGCAGUGGGCUUCACCUAAUGUGGGAUAAAGUCAACCAAAGCCAACAUAAACUUAGGAAAAGAAAUAUGUGUUACUUUUUAAAAUAAAGAGUAAGAGUUAUGGCCAUACAUAGGAAAUGUGCAAACCUGGUGUUAGAUGUGUUUAUUAUGGGUAAAUAAUUUUCUCCUUAAAAAUGUAGUUUUCAAGUUCUUAAUGUAAUAUUUCCUCUGGUCCAGAAGUAUAAAGUGCAUAUAAAAAGUCAAAUCACUAUAAUUGUUUGUUUGUGUUGUUUUUUGGGGGGGAGGGGAGUUGGUGAGGCUCCAGGAGAGAUAUAUUAAAGUAAUGGCUAGAAUCCAAAGAAUGCUUUGACUAAUUCCAGAUAAGCAGGGAGUUUGGGCUUUGUGCUUUUUGCCACUUAAAAAUAAAAAAGGUAAAGGACCCCAAGACGGUUAAGUCCAAUCAAAGGCGGCUAUGGGGUGCGACACUCAUCUCACUUUCAGGCGAAGGGAGCCGGUGUUUGUCUACAGACAGCUUUAUGGGUCAUGUGGCCAGCAGGACUAAACCGCUUCUGGCACAAGGGAACACCCUGACGAGUGCCAGAGCUCACAGAAACGCUGUUUAACUUCCCGCCACAGCAAUACCGCUACUAGCUGCUCUUCAUAUCACAUAACAAGACUUUUGAAAUUGAGGUGACUUUCAAACACAACAUGUGCUUUCAGAAGUAAUGGGGGUUCCUUUAAAUAAAUAAAUAAGGAAGCCUAGGGUGGCUGUUGGAAUGUCAUCAUAGUAUUUAUGUCUGCAUCUCUAUUUCAGAAAAUAAUAAUACUGUAGUCAAGGGUCUCUUGCUUUCUUUCUUUCUCUUUGUUUGCCGUGUUGGCAACUUAUUUUUAACUGGGGUCAUAUUCUAAAUCUAGCAAGUGCCAAAACUUUCACCCCACCCAUAGGCUCAACCCCCUGCACGUUUAUGAUGAUUUAUUAAAUUUCUUAGUCGCUUUAUCUUGCCCAAGGCAACCCAAAGCGACUUAAAAACAAAGCCACUUAGAUACAUUAAAACCAAGGAGGGGGAAAUGCGUUAAAAACAUCCCUGUACUCCCCAGUGGGACUUUGUCAGAUCUAGGCAUAAUUUAACAGAUAGGUAUUUUCAUUAAUGUUGGGGCUAUUUUUGGAAGUAUUAUUAGAUAUUUUUGUUGCAAAAUUUCAGUAUUAAUCAUGAGGUAUUAAUCAUGCAUUGCAGGUUGGAUCUGGUCCAGGGAGUCUCAGAAAGAGAUAGAAAGAGAGAGAAAAGAUACCUAUAGAAAGCUCUCAUUAGUACAGAGAGAACUUGAAUCUAAAUAUCGUGACAUAAUCACAGAAAACCGCCGCACAGUUGCCCAUUUGGAACUGGAACUGGAAAAGGAACGGAACAGGACAGUAAGUUACCGUGAAGCCCUUGUCUCUCAGAGCCGUAAACUGGUAGAAGAAAGAAGAACUCUGGAACAAGAACGUACAAAAUUAGAACAAGAGAAGCAGAUUCUGCAGCACUCUGGAGCUGCCGGUGCUUUGUAUCAGAAUUGCCUGGAGAAGGAAGAGCAGUGGCAAAAGAGAGCAACUGCUUUACUAAAAGAUUUUGAAGAUGCUCUUACGGAAAGGCAGGACAUCUACUGUAGCCUUGUGCUACCAAGACACCGGCGACUGGAAGUGGAGAAGAAUUUGCUUAUUAGAGCAGCAACUGAUCCAGUUGCUGUGGACCUGGACCUGGAAACUGGCUUAAAAGAUAUUUUCAGGCAUGAUACCUAUUGCAGUAAUUUGCUUAACACCAAUAAACGUCAGAAUGGAAGGCUAAUGUGGCUCUACCUUCGAUACUGGGAAUUAUCUGCUGAGCUCAAAAAGUUCAAGAGGGUAGAGAAGGUCAUGUUGGGAAAGUAGUAGCUAAAAAUUACCCAGUAUCAAUACAAUACACGUGUCAGAUAUGGCCGAUUUCCUCUGGGAUCUCAGCUUCACCACCAUAUAUGUAUUGGUCAUUUAACAGACUAUCUUAAGCACUUAAUGUCUUUAUUUGACUCACCAAGGUGAAUGGUGAUUGUGUGGUACCAUAAUGCUCAGGUUAAUUUCUCUGGUGAGUUUUGAUAACUGCAGCCCUCUGCAUGUUUACUCAGAAAUAAAUUUCACUGUUUCAGUGGGGCUUAUUCCCAGACAAGUGUGCUUUAGGGUUGCAGCUUAGAUCAGGGAACUGGGCUUAAAAGACAAUGACUUCAGCUUCUGCCACUUGCAUGACAACACCUUUUCUGUAAUAAAUCUUACUAUGCUACUUGGAAGCAACUAUUCUUAAUUAGUGUUUUUGCUGUUUUCAGUCUGAGAGUCUACUAUUUAUGGCUGAGAAAGCACCUCUCUAUAAAUUGUUGGAAGUGUGUGAUCAAGUUCUCAAGUUAGUCACCUUUGUGAUCUGAACUAAGCUACAUGUAACACUGUAAACCCUGUGAUCCUUGGAUGAAAGGUGGUAUAUAAAUUUAAUAAAGAAUAAUAAUAAUGCUUAAUGUCAUUAAGUGACCUUUUAUUAAUAGUUGGUUUGUGCAGCAUGAGAUCAGAGUUUAUUAGCAAGGCUUCCACCGAACUGAUUUUCAAGGCCUAUGGAUCAUGUGAAACAGUAGUCAGAAAGAGGAUUCCCCAGAGCAAGUGCAGAGUGCCUUUUGAUUACCAGUGAAUGACCACAGUCAGCCCCCACCCAUCUGCGAUGAAAAGGGAGGAAUUUCCAGGCUGGGAGGUGCCUUUCUCUCAGCCUAAAACUCUGGAGUCUCUGUUUUUAGAAUAAAGCAGUGUGUGUCUGUGCUCUGUUUAACUUUGAAGUGAACUUUAUUGAGACUACUUGCUUCAUGUCUUUUAAGGUUGCUUUGUAAAUAUGUACUUCUCUGCUCACCUAUCAAAAAUCAGAAUCUUCUCCUAAUGACCAAGCAGAAGAGCUUUUAUAAACUGGCAAUACCUAUUGGCACGUCACAACUAGCAUAGGCAAGAUAGCAGCAUUUGUGGACUUACUUGCAAGGCAAAUUUAAGGUGUUUUACAUUAAAGGCAAAAUAACCACUCAUUUGUCAUUUCAUUUUGGUAGAUAUUUGCCCUACCUUCUACUACUACAGUGGUACCUCCGGUUACGAACUUAAUCCAUUCCGGAGGUCCGUUUGUAACCCCAAACC